CCUUACUACUAUUCGUCGAGAGGCACGGUUUACUACACUCCUCGGAGCACAACCGCGGAUAGACGCCCCCGCCGCAUUGCAGCCACCAGCCCAAGUCUGCCAGCGCCACACAUUGGUCCUCGCCAACGCCGCCCGCACUCAAUCCACAUCGUUUCCUAUCCUUCCGGAUACAUACCCCACGAUCUGAGACCUAAACCAACAUCCAGAGACCUGCGCAGGCAACGGAGGAAAGAAGAAGAAAAACAAAAGAAGAGGGAAGAGGAAGACAAGAAGAAGGAGGAAGGAAAGCAGAGAAGGCAACGUGAACAGGAGGAGAGGAGGAGAAGAAGGGUUCAGGAACAACAAGACAAGAGGAGGUCUUUUGCUUCGUCGUUCUCUGGCGGUGAAAAGAGGGUUGGUACCUUGCUCAACAAGUUCAAGGCUGCUUUCUCGUCCAACGAGGCCGAGUCGCAGAGAUCAACAGCAGCCCCCGACGUCGUUGCGACAUCGGGAACAACAAGAUCGCAGCCGAGAGCACGGGUGCGCCCUGUCAGCUGGUUGAGUGUUACGAGCAGGCUGUCAAGAGCAGAGGACACUCUCGAGGCUGAGCAGGUUUCAUUGUCGCGUGUGUCGUCCCUCCGAAGGCCAACAACCGCACCGCAGUGCUCAACCAAUCCACACCGGAACAGCUUCAUGUCUGUCAGGUCGGCCAAUAAGAGUGUUGUCAGCUCUUCUGUGCAAGAAAUUCAGCAGCCAAAGCCCACUGCUUCUGGUAGCGGACUCUCAUGUACGAUCCUCCUGGCAGAGCCCAAUGUUUUCCUGACGGGAUUCGACCACGAUGGCCACACGCGACAGGAAAGCCACAACUCGACUGCCCUUCUGCGGGGGAAGCUGCAGCUCAACGUGUCAAAAAAUACCAAGAUCAAGUCCGUUACGCUCAAACUGUUGGGAAGGGCGCGCACGGAAUGGCCAGAAGGAAUCCCACCCCUCAAGGUCGACAUGUACGAGGAGGAGUCGUUAAGGACUCAGGCCCUGACCUUUUUCCACGCCAUGCACGACGGCUGGGAGACCGAGUUUGGCAACCAGUGCUCAUACACGCUGAAGGGUCAGAACAACCACCCCAGCUCGAAUCUCAUCAGGCCGUCUCUGAGCCCUGGAGACUCGGGCAGCUCGCUGGGCAGUCGGCCCCGGUCGAAUUUGAGCGCCAAGGAGUUGAAGAAGCUGUCGCUCCGCUCGGUCGAGUCCAGAAGUUUUGGCAAGAGCGACUCGCCAGCAGCGAGCCAAGUGCAGGCUAAAGGCUUCAAGGUCUUCUAUCCCGGCACGUACGAGUACACCUUUGAGCUCCCCAUCGACCACCACCAGCUCGAGACCAUCAAGCUUCAGUACGGUUCCGUCAAGUGGGAGCUCGAGACGACCGUCGAGCGUGCAGGCGCCUUCAAGCCCAAUCUCCACGGCAGCAAGGAGGUGUCGAUCGUGCGCGUGCCAGACCAGAUGUCGCUUGAGACGUCGGAGCCCAUCUCGAUCUCGCGCCAGUGGGAGGAUCAGCUCCACUACGACAUCAUGAUCUCUGGAAAGUCCUUCCCCAUCGGCGCCAAGAUCCCCAUCGCCUUCAAGCUCACGCCCCUCGCCAAGGUGCAGGUCCACAAGCUGAAGGUCUUCGUGACCGAGUCUAUCGAGUAUUGGACCAACGACAGGAAGGUCACCAGGCGAGACCCGGGGAGAAAGAUUCUCCUGCUCGAGAAGACAGCCGGCAGGCCCAUCGACAAGCAGUUCGCGUCGAGUGAGCUUCGCAUCCUCAGCGGCGGAGAGCUGUCCCCAGACCAGCGGUUCCAAGCGCGUGAGUCGGCCGCCCGCAGGAGGACUCUGGACGCACAGCGCACUGGGUCGCUGGCCCAGCCUCUGCCAGAACCUACGGAGAACCUGCUCGGCGAUCUGGACCUCGGUCUAGAGACGUACUGGGGCUCGACGGAGAUGGAGAUGAAUGUCCAGAUGCCGACCUGCGAGAUGAUGGCCAAGGACAAGUCGCUGCGGAUGCACCCGGACUGCAGCUGGAAGAACGUCAACGUGUACCACUGGAUGAAGAUUGUGAUGCGCAUCUCCCGCCUGGAUCCUGACGACCCAGCUGGCAAGCGCAGGCGGCAUUUCGAGAUCAGCAUCGACUCGCCCUUCACAGUGCUCAACUGCCGCGCGACACAGGCCAACACUGCCCUGCCUCAGUACGACAGCCCAGACGCCCUGAGUGAUUUCCGCCGGCAGACGUCCUGUGGAUGUCCCGACGCGCAGGUCCUCAGCACAAGCGGAGGCAACAACGGCGGAGGACUUACGCCAGAGAACACCAGCGCCACGCAGCUCGACAGCGUUGCGCUCCCCGCGCCACCUCGCGCAGCUCACCUGCACACGGCAUCGCAGGGCAUCAACGGUAACUCCGCCUCCACCUCUCCAACUACGGCACCUACUGGCGGCCCAGGCGGCCUAAACUCGACGCCGCCCACCUCGGCGAAUCCCCUGCAGCGGGUACGUGACCAGGACGCCUCCGCCCGCCCAAUCCACCUCAUUCGGUACCCAUCAUUCGACCCACCGCCCUUCAAUGCCGAUAACCCUCCGCCGCCGAUGCCUACACCCCCGCCCAAUUACGACCUUGUGGUCGGAACGCCAAGUGUCGAUGGCAUGGCGGGUUACUUUGAGCGUCUCCUCCGCUACGAGUGCCCAAACCAGCAAGAACAAGAAGAGCAAACGGGAAGCAACUAUUUCCCUACAGGCGCGGACGGGCCUGAAGCAGAACCUAGCUCGUCGCAAGCAGGACACGCCGGCACCGGCGGCGGAUCGGACGAUGAUGGGGAUGACACGGAGGUCGAAUCCGACUCCGACUCGGCGGAUGAGAGGGGUCCUGCUCGGACGGUCAGUCGUGCGGGCACGGUGAACAUCGCAAACCCUCGUACUCCUGGAGGGAGGCUGGUCCCGAGCAGGAGUUUUGAGAUCACAAGGCCU